GAGUUUAUUUUUUUAGUUCUCAAACUGGUUUCUUUGAUUUCGUCUCGAACUUGAGUUCUCAUUUUUUUAUGGGUUGAGGAUGGAAUCGAUAGAUUAUCUACCCCAAUCAUCGGACCUCUCUCCGUCGAUUCUUUCCUUCCUCGGAGAGAAAUUUCAGAAAGAGGAGGAUCUGCAAAAGGCCACUGGUCUUGUUUUGGAGCUGCAGAAACGAUGCUCUGAUUUGGAUCACAAUCUCAUUAGUCUGAAUCAGAGACUCGAAACAAGUGUUGUUGCUUAUGCUUCACACUCGGAACGAAUUUGUGGUCUUUUCGAUGGAAUAAAGGCCAAACUAAGCGAUCUUAGGUCAUCAACUCGCGUUUCUGGAUCUUUUUUAGAUGGAAGGGAAGGGAAAGAUUUGGGGAGAGCUGAACAGAUUUUGGUGGAAGAGCUUCCUACACUGGCAAAAGAAGUGGCUAGGGUGGAGGCUGUUCGCAUCUAUGCAGAGACAGCGCUGAAACUUGACACUCUGGUUGGGGAUAUCGAAGAUGCUGUCUCUUCUACCAUGACCGGACACUUAAGGAAGCAUCGUUCCGUGGCCAAUUCAGAAGAAUUGCGUAUGCAUGCUAUUGAAUCUCUUAAACUCGUUGAGGAUGUCUUAUCCUCAGUUGCAAAGAGCCGGCCCCAGUGGACGCGUCUUGUCGCGGCCGUUGAUAACAGAGUUGAUCGAGGUUUGGCCAUUUUAAGACCCCAGGCAAUUGCAGAUCACCGGGCCCUUCUUGUUUCCCUUGGAUGGCCACCACCCUUGUCUAAUUUGAAUUCUCCAAAUGCCAAUGAAGGAAAACCAUCUGAGGUCUUGAAUCCGCUUUUCACAAUGCGAGGGGAACUGAAAAAACAAUAUUGUGAAAAUUUUCUCGCCUUGUGCAGUCUGCAGGAAGUGCAAAGGCAGAGGAAAUAUCGGCAACUUGAGGGACAUAACCGAGAAGUUGCAUUGCACCAACCACUUUGGGCAAUUGAGGAACUUGUGAAUCCUAUCUCAUUGUCAUCCCAACGCCAUUUCUUGAAGUGGGUAGAUAAACCAGAAUUUAUUUUUGCUCUUAUAUAUAAGGUUACCAGGGAUUUUGUUGAUUCCAUGGAUGAGUUGUUGCAACCAUUGGUUGAUGAAGCUAGGCUAAUGGGUUACAGUUGUAGAGAAGAAUGGAUAUCAGCAAUGGUAGCCUCAUUAUCGACGUACUUGGCAAAAGAAAUCUUUCCUUCUUAUGUUGGCCAACUGGAGGAGGAUAGUGUCACUGGUGUUCCAUCACAGGCUAGGAUGGCAUGGCUGCACCUUGUCGACCAAAUGAUUGCUUUUGACAAGCGAGUUCAAUCGCUGAUUGUACAUUCCGGAACCUUGCUUUCUAUCAAGGAAGACGAGAACUUACAGAGAAUUUCUUCGAUGUCUGUCUUUUGUGAUCGUCCCGACUGGCUUGAGUUAUGGGCCGAGCUGGAGCUUAGUGAAACACGUGAUAAGUUGAAGCCUGAGUUGGAAAAUGAGAGAAGGUGGACAACCAUAGUUCAGGGGACAGUUCUAUCAGGAUCUGAAGAUUACAAAUCUCCUGCAGUUGCCAGUGAUUUUAUCUAUCGUUUAUCUGCCAUCAUCGAACGUUGCCGGCCACUUCCAAGCAUUCCAUUGAGAGCAAAGUUUGUCAGAUUAGCAGUUGCACCCAUCAUUCAUGAAUUUCUCGACUGUCUACUUCAUAGAUGCCAAGAAGCAGAUGGGUUGACUGCUCUAGCAGAUGAUGAUGCCCUAAUCAAGGUUACAAACUCAAUCAAUGCUUCUCGAUGUUGUGAAUCUGUUCUGAAAGAAUGGUGUGAGGACAUUUUCUUUCUUGAGAUGAUGUCUGACCAGGAUUGUCAAAUGGGAAUAAAAUCUGAUGACAGUUUAACUGCAGAAACAAAUGAAGGACCUGUGAGUAAUAUUUUUGAUGAGGAAAUUAUGAAGUUGGAGGAUUUCAGAAAAGAUUGGGUAGUUAAAAUAUCAACUGCUGUUUUGAGGGGAUUUGAUGCACAGUCUCGCGAGUAUGUCAAGAACCGAAAGCAGUGGCACGAGAAAGAGGAAGAAGGUUGGACAGUUUCAAAGACUUUUGUUGGGGCUCUGGAUCAUCUGCAAGGAAAGAUACUGAAACUUGAAGAGGGUUUGAAUGGGAUUGAUUUUGUCACAGCCUGGAGAAGUGUGGCUUCUGGGGUGGAUCGGUUAUUUUUUAAUGGGGUUUUACUUAACAAUGUGAAGUUCUAUGAUGGGGGUGUUCAGAGACUUGGGGGUGAUUUGGAGGUUUUAUUUGGAGUAUUUAGGGCUUGGUGUUUGAGACCUGAAGGAUUUUUCCCAAGGUUGAGUGAGGGUUUGAAGCUGCUGAGGAUGGGAGAGAAGCAGUUGAAAGAGUAUCUGGAGGUAGAUAAAGAAAAAUGGUUGAAGGAGAAUGGGUUAAGACAUCUUAGUGUAACAGAGGUAGAAAAGAUUGUGAAGAAUAGGGUCUUCAUAAGUUAAAGGCUCUUUUAUGUGGAUAGGGGGUCUUCAUGGAUUAAAAGCUCACCUAGGUAGUCAUUGUGUGAAGGUUCUUUAGGCAUUCCUUUUAUUAUUUUUUUUUGGGACAAAUUUUUAUGGUCGCAAUUUUCAAUCUCUUACUCAAAAUAAGGGAGAGAAGGUAGUUCAUGAGGUUUCUUGUUGAUGUUGAAUAUCUUGUACAUGGCCUGUGAGAUCCCUCAUCUACCGUCUUCUACUUCCCACCCCAACCUGUUUGAUUAUGUAAGACUACCCAAAAUUCUUUUAAACUCGUGUAAAAAUAAAACCAUAAGAAUGU